AUGCCUCCGAUUAAGAAGAGAAAGGUUGCCAGUGAGGCACCAAAAGUUGAGAGCGAUGCCGAGUCCACCAGCUCUCACGAGUCCGCCGUUGAAAAGAACCCUCCCCAGGACGAUGCUCAAGCGCAAGACCAAGAAGAUCAAUCGGAGAAAAAGCCGUUGCCCAAGAGCUUCAAAGAACUAGGAAUCAUCGAUCAAUUAUGUGAAGCUUGUGAAUCUUUGGGCUAUAAGGCUCCUACGCCUAUUCAAGCCGAAUCUAUCCCGUUGGCUCUCCAGGGCCGCGAUCUGAUCGGUUUGGCAGAGACAGGAAGUGGAAAGACUGCAGCUUUUGCUCUCCCCAUGUUGCAAGCGCUCAUGGAUAAGCCGCAAUCGCUUUUCGGCCUCAUCUUGGCCCCGACUCGAGAGUUGGCGUAUCAGAUUUCCGAGGCCUUUGAAGCACUGGGAUCGUUAAUCUCUGUUCGAACCGCAGUUAUCGUCGGAGGAAUGGACAUGGUACCGCAAUCUAUUGCUCUGGGAAAGAAGCCGCACAUUAUCGUUGCUACGCCAGGUCGUUUGCUGGAUCACCUCGAGAACACAAAAGGUUUCUCGCUACGGGGUCUCAAGUGUCUCGUCAUGGAUGAGGCCGAUCGACUUCUUGACAUGGACUUUGGACCGAUUCUCGAUAAGAUCCUCAAAGUUCUUCCUAGAGAGCGCCGCACAUUCCUUUUCUCUGCAACCAUGAGUUCCAAGGUCGAGUCGCUGCAACGAGCAUCGCUUUCCAACCCCCUUCGAGUUUCCGUCUCCUCGAACAAGUACCAGACCGUCUCCACCCUGCUCCAGUCAUACUGUUUCAUCCCUCAAAAGCACAAGGAUAUCUACCUGGUGUACCUCCUGAACGAAUUCGCCGGCCAGUCCGCCAUUGUCUUCACUCGUACCGUCCACGAGACACAGCGACUUGCAUUCCUACUCCGAGCGCUUGGGUUCGGCGCAAUCCCUCUUCACGGACAGCUGUCCCAAUCCUCGCGACUGGGCGCUUUGGGCAAAUUCCGUUCCCGCAGCCGAGAUAUCCUGGUCGCCACCGAUGUUGCCGCCCGUGGUUUGGAUAUCCCGUCCGUCGACGUUGUGCUCAACUAUGACCUCCCCACCGACAGCAAGACCUACAUCCACCGAGUUGGACGUACGGCUCGUGCAGGAAAGAGUGGUGUAGCAAUCAGUCUUGUGACACAAUACGACAUUGAGAUCUGGCUCCGCGUGGAGGGUGCGCUGGGCAAGAAGCUUGGUGAAUACGAUGCUGCUAAAGACGAGGUCAUGGUUGUGGCUGAGCGUGUUGGAGAGGCUCAGCGACAGGCCAUUAUGCAAAUGAAGAGUUAUGAUGAGAAGAGAGGCAACAAGGCCGGAAAGAAGAGUGGCUUCGGGAAGCGCUCUCGGGAUGAGAUGGAUCACGAACAGGGCUAA